CCCAGUCAGAGUGAAAGUUGUCUCCGCUUCGAAAAGCGGGGGUUCGGGGACUCGCUAGUUGCCACCGCCGCUGCUUCGCACGCUUUCUCCAGGAGAGAUGAGGCGGAAAGAGAAGCGGCUGCUGCAGUUCGCCGGGCUGCUCAUAGUGGCUCUGCUCUUCCUCCCCAACGUCGGGCUGUGGUCUUUGUACCGGGACCGAGUGUUCGACAACUCGCCCGACACAGUGGACGCUCCGGGCGGCAUCCCCCUGAUACAGGGGAUCAACCGAGUGGGGAAGGAUGCUCAGGUGGGACGCGAUGGCGUGCGGAGGAGAGACUGGCAUGACUAUGAAGCAAUCAAAAGAGAUUCAUCUCGAUCUGGUAAUGGUGAACAGGGGAAGCCGUUCCCCCUGACGGACGCUGACCGGGUCGACCAGGCCUACCGGGAGAACGGCUUCAACAUUUAUGUCAGCGACCGGAUCUCCCUCAACCGCUCCGUCCCCGACAUCCGCCAUCCAAACUGUAAGCAGAAGCUGUAUGCAGAGAAGCUGCCCAACACCAGCAUCAUCAUCCCCUUCCAUAACGAGGGCUGGUCGUCGCUGCUGAGGACCGUUCACAGCGUGCUCAACCGCUCUCCUCCACAGCUCAUAGCAGAGGUCAUCCUGGUCGACGACUUCAGCGACAAAGAGCACCUAAAGGUGGCGCUAGAGGAGUACAUGGUGCGGCUGCCGAAGGUUCGCAUCCUGAGGACCAAGAAGAGGGAGGGGCUGAUCAGGACUCGCCUGCUGGGAGCCGCCUCCGCUAAAGGAGAAGUCAUCACCUUCCUGGACUCCCACUGUGAGGCCAACGUCAACUGGCUGCCUCCGCUGCUGGACCGAAUCGCGCAGAACAGGAAAACCAUCGUGUGUCCGAUGAUCGACGUGAUCGACCACGACAACUUCGGCUAUGAGACGCAGGCUGGGGACGCCAUGCGUGGGGCGUUCGACUGGGAAAUGUACUACAAACGGAUCCCCAUCCCCACAGAGAUGCAGAACGAUGACCCCAGUGAACCCUUUGAGUCACCGGUGAUGGCAGGUGGACUGUUUGCUGUGGACAGGAAGUGGUUCUGGGAGCUGGGAGGAUAUGACACAGGUCUGGAGAUCUGGGGAGGAGAACAGUACGAGAUCUCCUUCAAGGUGUGGAUGUGUGGUGGCCGGAUGGAGGACAUCCCUUGCUCCAGGGUAGGACACAUCUACAGGAAGUACGUCCCCUACAAAGUUCCUGGAGGAGUCAGCCUGGCCAGGAAUCUGAAGCGCGUGGCGGAGGUGUGGAUGGACGAAUACGCCGAAUACGUCUACCAGCGUCGGCCCGAGUACCGCCACCUGUCAGCAGGCGACAUGACGGCCCAGAAGGAGCUGAGGAACCGCCUCAACUGCAAGAGCUUCAAGUGGUUCAUGAGCGAGGUGGCCUGGGAUCUGCCCAAACACUACCCGCCGGUGGAGCCCCCUGCUGCUGCGUGGGGAGAGGUCCGUAAUGUGGGCAGCGGCAUGUGUAUGGAGAGUAAACACUUUGUAUCAGGGAGUCCCAUCCGCCUGGAGAGCUGUGUGAAGGGGCGGGGCGAGGUGAGCUGGAGCCACGGACAGGUGUUCACAUUCGGCUGGAGAGAGGACAUCCGUGUGGGCGACCCCAUGCACACUAAGAAAGUCUGCUUCGACGCCAUCUCCCACAACAGCCCCGUCACCCUGUACGACUGUCACGGCAUGAAGGGCAACCAGCUGUGGCGCUACAGAAAGGACAAGAGUCUGUAUCACCCCGUCAGUAACAGCUGUGUCGACUGCAGCCCGACAGAGCGGCGGGUCUUCAUGAACACGUGCGACCCCUCCUCCCCCAGCCAGCAGUGGCUGUUCGAGAGAACCAACGCCACCGUGCUGGAGCACUUCAACCAGGGCACCAACUGAGGCCCUGCGGCGCCCACAAAAACUCCUGAGGCACGCAGACGUGGAUCUGCUGCCGCUGCUGCUGAUGCUGUGAGAUGGCGUUUUACAUUUACUGCGGUUCCCCGUUUACCUGCCGCUGAGGCGACAGCUGUUUCUCUUUGGGGUGCUCAGAGUGAGGCAGGAUGGGAUACCGCGGGGGAAGCUGGUUAAACACAUCAGUUAGAGGAAAGACUGAGUUGAGCUGUGAUGGAUGGGUGUGUGUUUAAAAGUGACUUUGUGUGUGAGAUGUAUUUAUUCUGUCACAGCGUCGCUGUGGCAGUGGGUCUGUCUCACUUCCUGAUUUUGCUGUUGAUUGGUUAUCUGACAUUCCUCCCGCCUCUCGUUUCUAAUUUCUUUAGUCUGUUUAGUCAGUUUCUCUGCGUUUAUUUAUUGCCUUUCUUUCCCUCGCCGUUCCCUCUAUUCCCCCUCUCCUUCAUCCACCUUUAUCCUCUGUCUCCAUCUCUUUCCCCCUCCUGUCUCUCCUCCUCUGCCUCUGCCUGCACGUCCGUCUCUAUCUGCCUGCAUGACUGCGUCUUUGCCCACCUUCUCCAUUCUCUCUCUCAAAUCCCCUUAUGUCUCUCCAGCACUGACAACCUCCCUGGGGGGGGCUCCUGCUGAGCCAAAGUCAUCCUGACACCUGGGUGAAGCCAGGCAGAACCACUCUGAAAAUCACCUGGUGAAUUGAUUCUCCUUUACAACCCUCAUCCACCCUCUGUUCCCUCCCUCAUCUUGUCCCCCUGCCCCCCCGAGUCCUCCACAGCUUGGUCACUCUGCCACGUUCUUUUACUGCUCAGACCCGAGCGCUGUCUAACUCCAGGGUUUGUGUGGGCCAACUCUUGCUGGUUAAGGGCUUGUUUGUUGUUAUGGUGGUGGUAGCGCGGUGUUGCUGGUGGAGGCAAGAGCUGCUGUCACACCUCUUAGAGUCCCCCCCCCCGCUUUUGCUGCGUCCGCCUCCGCCAAUCAGUCGCCGGAACGGCCUCGUCGCACACGGCCGAGCACGGGGUCGCGUCCUGGCGCAAAGCAGCAGGCAGGAGCGCGAGCCGACGCCUGACUGACUUCCCGCCUGCGUGGCUGGAUGACUGGCUAUGUGACUGGCAGGCCAGCUGAUUCACCGCAGGGCCGCCUGAUUGGCCGGCUGCCGAGCUGACACAUCACUUUAGCGUACAGUGUGAGCAGGAAGGAGACGAAUGGGGGAAUUACUCCGGAUGGGCUCGCUGAGGUAGCUCUGGGAUUGAGACAAAUGUGUGGGCUUCAGAUGCAUAAAGCACUUGUGUAAUGAUAAACUUGAAUGAAAUCUUAGUGCCUUGUUGGAAGAGGACUAGAUGUAGGUGUGUGUGUGUGUGUGUGUGUGUGUGUGCGGUCCUGCAUGUCCAUAUCAGCGUAGGGGACGAUUCGCUCAAUUCAGGAAGUGACUUUUCUUGAAGCCCGAGACUCUCCUGACUCUCAUGUGGACCUGAACGUGAAUUGACCUCGGCUCUGGAGCAGGACAUCGAAGGCACCGCCGGUUUCGUGACUCUCGUUCGGCUUUCUAAAUAAACACUGAUGUAACUGCUGGCUGUGAAUAGAGCUAAAGAGACUUUUUUUCCACCAUAUUUUCCUGCCUUGAAAAGUUCACUGUCGCCCUAAGAAGACCUCUGUUCCAUUUGAAUCAUCACAUGAUGCUGUUGUGUUGUUUUUCCCACCUGUUCAAUCCAAAGUACUUUUAUGGGAAAGGACAUUGUUGCUGUUUACCUCCAUUGUUUGUUUUAAUUCCUGCUCGGCGUGAUGUUCUGGGAUGUUCUGGUCUGUCGCCUGCGCUAUGCCCUAAUCCGAUUAUGUGAAGCAGAGCAAUGUACAGUUGUGCCAGUUUAAUCAGUACUUCCAGGUUUGGUGCUCUGUUCGAUUUAACGGUCAGAUAAACUGAAACAAAAAGUCAGAUCCUCAACAAACAUACCUUGGUCAAGGUACUUGCAAGUCACGAACCAGGCUAGCUCCAUCAUAUUAGUUUGUAAAGUUUACGUCUGUUGUUGUUACAGUGAAUCUGGACUGAAGCUGCAGAUUUUUAUCAUUAAACUCCAUUAUCAUUAUAAUACAAAUAUAAUCUGCUGGUUCACCCAGGAGCAAUUCUUUGGACAUUUAGAAACUUUUGUUGCCUCAGUGUAACACAACAGUGACGUUUGAGUUAAAAGCUUGAUCUGGAUUCAUGUAAUGAAUGAAUGAAUGAAUUAUACCAUUAGACAUAAAUAAAAACCAAGGAUUCUGUUUAAGUCGGCUAUCAAAGAGGAGGAAAUAGACAUUUGUUCUGGUGUAUGCAUGUGCAAAAUCACAUACAAAAAUGUCUGUAGUCUGGAAAAGGUGCCGGCCGAAGCUACAGCUCGUAGUGCCAAACCUUUUAACAGUGCACCACGUUACCCCUCGACAGGGAACUGCUAACAACAACAGCAUGUCAGCAGGACGUCACCUUCAGGCCGAAAGCCGAAACCUGACAAUAAAAGACUUUUUGUGGACUUGGAAACGGCCUCAGCUGCUGUUGUAUUCUGGAGCCGUAAAGUCAUGAUAUUCCUCAUAUUUCAGGCUUGUGUUCAAAUUUUCAAUUAAAACUUCCGUCUCCCCUCUGGAGCAGGUGAAAAACCUAAAGGCAAGAUGUGUGAAACUACGUGUCUCUAAUCUGUCUCACAUUUCAGUCUGAAAAUCAGUUUGUUGACCGGCACUCCUCAUAGAAGAGCACCAGGUUUUAACUGUAGUUCAGGGUUCGUCUGUGUCUGUUUCCCCCUGACCUUCUCACUACACGCCUGGACAACUCGUACAUUGUCGGAUUGUUAAGAGCUGAGUGGGAAUUGCUGCUUCAGACCACUGAGUCACUGCUGUAGCCAAGUUUCCACCACAGACCCUAACAGGACCAAACGAAACAACCAUCUGACCUUUCUACAGCUCGAUCCAGUUACCGUUCCCACAUUUCUCCUUUUCUUUGACAGUGUUUUAAAUGAAGUUCUGUGCGGAUCAGCGGUGCGAUCUGGGCCGUCGAAUCAUGUGACGUUAUUGUGAAUGACUGUUUGAUACAGACGCUGUACUUGUGGACAGAGUUGUGCAGAGAACUGGAUACACGAGGCAACAUUCUGGGCUUCUUGUUCUCCUUUGCCCUCGUCAGAGCAGUUUGAUAACAUGUGGUUUGCCCUGAGCUGGCCGAGCCCAUCUCACAGUGCAGCGCAGCCACAGCGCCUCGUAGAAUAAUGAGAAAUAAACAAGAAAUCCUGCCGGCUAAGCUCGAUGAAAAGGAAGCUGGAUUCUCACAGAUAUCAAGGCAGUGAUUGUAAACAGGACACUUUGCCACAGUUUGGUUUUAUCUAGAGUUAUAUUCACUUUAGCUAUUAUUUUCCCAUUACAGUGAACAUGCAGAAAGGUGCACUAAUUGAUUCAUUUUAUAUUAAUUAAUGGCAGAUGAAUCUUUGUUGUUGGAAAAGCUUUUUCUGUUAGAGGUGGAAAGACUAAAUUUGCUGUCGAAACUGUCCAGACGUGGCUACACAUGACAAAAUGAGAUCAUAUAUUCAUCAUGCAUGAGCUGAUUUUCUUCUAAGAAUCCAACAAAAUCACAUGAAUAAGUUUAGCUUUGAUUUGGCAUGUUCAAUAUCAGAUUUCAGAUCAGCAUUUGGUAUAACUCCUUGUUUUUGAGAUACGGCCAUUUCUGAAUCAUACUACAUUUAGUCGUGAGUCACGAGGUUACUCAUUUUAUUAUUUUUCACACUAGUGGAAAUACAGGUUUCCAUGAGCCCCUCGACUGUCGACUAAGGAAAGUGCAUUAAUAAAAACCUGUGUUUAUUUGUAGUUCGUUCAGCCAGCUCUUGUAAAAGAAAUUCUAAAACUCGACUGUGGACACUGAGUUAACAGUAAAUCAAAAGGCCACAUGUAACGUGAAAGAGGAGGCUCACAGUGAUAAACCAACAGAAAACCAUCACCAAACUCCUCAGCAGAGCGUUCUGGUUUCUUUAAGCUCACAGUUUGAAUUUUACAGCACAUUUACUGUAAAGAUCGGUCUCAGCGCUCCCAUCAGCCUUGUUCCCAGCAGCAGCAGCAGCAGCAGCAGCAGCAGCAGCAGCAGCAGCAGGAAGCUGUUUUCACCAAAAAACAUCCGAUAAAGUCACUGAACGCUACCGGCCCAGCACCAAAGAGCAGGCGUGCAAACCCAGUGAGUAGCUGCUGGAAACAGGAACAUUCAGCAGAUCAAAAAAAUGAUUUUCUUAGCGGGUGGUAGAGAGCCAAACAGAGCUUAAAGGAGUGUUGGACACAAACACAAUUUCAAAUUGAAUUUAACAUUGUUAUUGUUAGCGACAGUAACUUUUUACAGUCUGUGUCCGACAGUCUUCUGCCCUCAAGUGGCCAAAAAAAUAUCAAUUUAAGCAUGAGUUCACUAAGUAGUGUAGAAGUCCCGGUUCACAACAAACAUUGUAGGCUUUCUGACAAUAUGGCCGCCUCAGGCCGACUUCUUUUCCACAGCUCUCAGUCCCUCUGGCUGGUGUUCAGGCUGACUUUAGGUGAGCCUCAGUUUAAACUGACAGGAGCAGAUGAUGGUCGUAAACUGUUCUGUGGGACGGAUCCAGAUCCGGAUCUAAAGCAAACCAGAUGACGUCAAAGUGUUUACGGCCAAAAGAGACUCAAUCAGUACUCACUGCAGAGAUGGAACUUAAAUGAUCUCUGGAGAAAAUGGUCACAAGUGUUGCCCAAGAUGUUGCUAACUGUGUCCCAUUCAGUCAAGUUUCUUAAUUGAAUAAGCUUGUGAAACUUUUUUUUUUUUGCACCUCUCCAUUGCACAUGUAAACUGUUUUUGUUACAUCAAAAUGUAACUUGGGUCGAGUUAAGUUUACAUUUGCUUUAUUCCAGCUUUUAUCCACUGUGGUAAAAUAUUAAAACCUCUUAUUACCGUGUAUCCCCUCCUUGAUAAUAUGUAACAGCGUAAACUAGUAAACACGUUUCCUCUCGUAUUCACGAUACUUUUCCACACUUUAUAGGGUAAGGCUUUUGGAAGUGUGCUGGCUUUUUUGUCGUAACAUGAAAACGCUUUUUUUUUUUUUCACCCCAUGUUGUUGUGGUCAGACUAAAAUUUGUUGAGCAACGUAAAGAAAUCUCAUUUUAUAAAGAGCAAAGGUUUUUAAUGUCCACGGCCAGCGUCGGCCAGUCACACACUGUCGUGUACGUGUGUGUGAAUUUUGAUGUGUAGGGAAGUGUAAAUUUUGUAUCGCAUAAAAAAUAUCCAAUAUUUUUUUCUACUGACAUCGCAACUGUUAAAAGUGUAUUUAGAUAUUUAACAAACUGUACAAUUAAACUGGAAUUGUAUGAUAUUUUUGCUGAAAUUGUAAAAUAAAAAGGUUUCUAUAUUUGGA